AAUGAAAAUAAAAAAUUAUAUAUACAGGUGGUAUAUGUAAAUAUUACGCAACGGCAUACCACGUGCGUGCGGGUUAUAGUAGAAUACACGCAAGAAUUUGACCUACUUUACUUACAAUGUACUAUCGUUUACAAAGGGGCAAAUAAAGUUUACAACUCGACACUUGGUAAUCUGAUAGACGUAUACAGGUUUAAGACAGCGUUUCGUUGUGGAGAUAAGACCAGAUCUAGAUGACUGCACACGCGACGGUGGGUUUAUAAUAUCGGAGAGGCGGCCAGGAAAGCAGUUUAUGCUAACGAGAUCACAUCGAGGGCUGACUGAGGGAAAACAGGUUUCGAUUGUGAGACAUAUUGCAUAUUUGAAACUUAUGCCAAAUAUCACAGAUUGAACGGCAAACAAUAUAAGGAGAGAUAGGAAAAGGAUUAAUAGUAGAACAAUAUUAGAGAUUUACUGGAGCAACAUUACAUGUACCUUGGCCUCGGACAAGAUGCUUACUUUUAUUCUCAUCGGCGUUGUCAUUGGAUUUUUAACAUAUAUGACGUUUAUGAAAUUCUUCUCCAAAUCUAGAAAUUUGCCACCGGGUCCAAAACCAAGACCGAUUUUUGGAAAUGAUAUUUUAUUCAAGAAGGACCCUAAAGGUUACCUGGAGCUGACCAAAUUGGCCGAAACAUAUGGCGAUGUUUAUACGUUGUAUUGUGGUACAACAGUCAUCAUAAUUGUGAACGGCUAUGACGCCAUACACGAAGCGUUCGUGAAGAAAGCAGACGUGUUCACGGAUAGACCACAGCUGUUUGUGCCCCUGGUCGGCGUCUCCAGAGGAACAGGUUUAACAUAUAACAGUGGACAGCCAUGGAAAACUCUGAGAAGAUUCACGCUUCAGACCCUCCGAGACUUUGGUGUCGGCAAGAAAUCCUUAGAAGAGAAAAUCCAAGAGGAAAUUGCGGUCGUCAUGGAAACAUUGGUUUCAUCCAAUGGGAAACCAGUUCGGAUGAAACCGUGCCUUCUGUCAGCGGCAACUAACAUCAUCUGCAGUGUGAUGUUUGGGGAAAGGUUUCAAUAUGAUGAGGACAGGUUCACACAACUAACAGGCGUUCUGGAGGAAAUCUUCAAACUCAACGCACCUUUUGCGAAGGAAAACUUUUUCUCCAUAACAAGAUGGUUUCCUUCUGGUCGCCAGUUGAUAUCUAAACGGAGAGCGGCUAUAGAGAAGGUAAAAUCUUACCUAUCUAGAACCAUCACAGAACACAGGAAGACGUUUGACAGCAACAAUAUCCGAGAUUUUAUAGACCUGUACCUACAGGUGUGCGAGGAUAAGUCUGACCCAGAUAUUUACACAGAAUCGAAUAUUUAUAAGAUAAUUGUGGACCUAUUUCUGGCGGGAGGCGAGACGACAGGUACCAGUUUGGACUGGUGCCUUCUGUAUAUGAUCGCCUACCCAGACGUACAGGCACAAUGUCAGGCAGAAUUAGACCAGGUGAUCGGAAAGGGCCGCCCUGUGGGCCUUGCUGACAGAGGGACCUUGCCUUACCUGGAAGCCACUCUUCUAGAGGUACAGAGAAUAGGAAAUACAUUGACCUUCUCUUUGCCACAUGUAGCCAAACAUACAAGUGAGCUUAGAGGCUACACCAUUCCCAAGGAUGCCAUUAUCAUAGCCAAUCUGUACUCCGCCCACAUAGACCCUAAAUACUGGGACACACCGCACAAGUUCUCUCCAGAACGCUUUCUCAAUGACAACGGCAGUCUUAAGCGGAGAGAUGGUUUUGUUCCAUUUUCUUUAGGUCCUCGUCUCUGUAUAGGAGAACCUUUAGCCAGGAUGGAGCUGUUCUUGUUCUUCACAAAUUUGCUCCAGAAGUUCCAGUUCAGCACACCUCCAAACUCCCCUAAACCAUCAAUGGAAGGCAUCCAGGCCUUAACGCUGACUCCCCUACCAUAUGAUCUAGUGGCACAUCCCCGUUAGCUACGACCUUGACUGCAGAAUUUCUGUAGUUUUCAGACUGAGCUAUCCUCUAAUUUAUAUAUAGAACCAUGUAGUUAUAGCAACAGUCUGUAUCAGAUAUGAGGUAAAAUGUAAGUGGGAAAAUGUCUUUACUGGUAACCCAUCUUAAAUUUUUAUUUUAUUCUGGGAUUGCCAACUGUAUUAUUUUAUUGCCAAUUGUCAUGACCACACAAAAACAGUAAAAUAUUCAUUUAUGAAAGUUAUAUAAUGUUUCACAUCUAUUUCUACAUCUAUUGUUAUGGUAUUCUGUCACCCAAAAAACAUUUUGAACUGUAAAAAUUAUUUUUGUGCAUCAUGAGAUCUGCUAGAUAUUGAGAUCUAUGAGAUUAUGACUUACUUA